UAUUCGUGUAUGUGUGUGUGUGUGUGUGUGUGUGCGCGCGAGCGCGUGUGUGUGAGAGUCCCGAGUUUGAAACGCAACACGUCUUGAACUUUUAUUUAUUUUUUGGUAUGUAUGUUAUAUUUUAUGCAAUGGAGGAAGGCGCGCACUCACGCGCGCGCACUCACGCGCGCGCACACACACACACACACACACACACACACACACACACGGCAGGGUGCGUGAGCAGGGUCUGAAGGCGAUGAGUUUGGUCUUGGUAGAUUAUGUUCUCCUCAGGUAAAAUGACACCAGUUUGUUGCUAUGGAGACACUGAAGCAAAGGCUGAUCAUCAGCCGCUGAUGGGAGUUCAGACCACACGCACGCGCACACACACUAACAUUAGACAGUCUGUCAUCAUGUGUGACAGCUCAAAGGAGCAACAGUAAACAUCCCGGAAGGCCAGCUGGUCUUCGGCAUUCUGAUGACUUUCGGGAGACCUCCGACAAAGACCCCAACACGGACCGCGACACCGCAAGCCCCGCCACUCCAGCAGGACCAAUGGGAGGCGAGCGAGCUGAGGCGGGCCAGCGUCCGGUUUUCCAGGAGCUGUGGUUCAUGGCGGCGAUGGCGGCCGUCGCCCUGUUGCUGAUGGCCAUCGCGUUGGGCGUGGCCCUCCACAAGGUGCUGAAGAAAGCCCCAUUGACCAGAGAGAGACCCCCACUGGUGGCCAUGCACAAGCGAAGCCCCAUGGCCGUUUAUCCAGCCAACAACUCCGUUUUGUUCGAUACGGCGGGUGUGGUCAGCAAUGUGACGCUGAAGUCCUUCACCAUCAAGAUGGAGGAGGCGCUGGAGGCCAAAUGCGAGGGCGCGAGUGCCCAGGGUGAAGGAGGAGGGGGCGGGACUGCGUUGAGGCGCAGCAUCAGUCAUGUGAUGGACACGAAGACGUCGGCGGAGGCGUGGGGGCAUGACAGUGGAAUGUUUAUGGACGACGAGGAGUUUGUGGACAGCAUCAAAGGCUUCAGCACCGUUAGGAAAGAGCACACCAUGUUCACAGACACCAACUUGUGAGUGGCAUCCAAGAUGAAACGCUGCAGAGUCCCUCCAGAGUGAGGCGCUACAAGGAGUUGAAGGAAGGAAGCAAGAGGAAACAGAGAUAAGGAGAGACGCCGAUCGGCCACGUCUAGGUCCCGGUCACACCUCUCCCACCGCUGAGCUCUUGGCGCGUCUCGUCUGCGGCGGC